AUGGCUCCAAACACGGGUGGAAAAUAUUCCCAAGAUGGGCCCGAUAUUGAGAAUAUUUUGGCUUUAAAUCCGAAAGUCAACACUCAAGCAAAAGCCGUGCCGAGCUAUGAGACAAAAAGAAAUAAACACAAUUGGAAGAGAAAUGCCGACAAGGGAUGCAAUGGUUGUGGCCCAAAGCUGAACAAUGAUUUUCGAGACAUUAAACACACGACUUUGUCUGAACGAGGAGCCGUCAGAGAGGCGCUUAGAUGUCUAAAAUGUGCUGAUGCUCCUUGCCAAAAGAGUUGCCCCACUCAACUCGAUGUGAAAACAUUCAUUCAAAGUAUUUCCAACAAGAAUUAUUAUGGAGCCGCACGACAAAUCCUCUCUGACAACCCACUUGGUCUCACUUGUGGAAUGAUUUGCCCGACAUCGGAUCUCUGUGUUGGAUCUUGUAAUCUUUUCGGAUCUGAAGAAGGAGCGAUCAAUAUUGGAGGAUUACAACAGUUUGCUUGUGAGGUCUUCAAACGGAUGAACAUUCGACAAAUUGUGUCAAAAGAGAUCCGAGAGAGUCGAAAUGAGUCACACAAUCAACCGAUUGCUUUGCUUGGUUGUGGACCAGCAUCGAUCUCUUGUGCUUCAUUUAUGGCUCGACUUGGUUACACUGACGUCACGAUCUAUGAGAAAUACGAUUUUAUUGGUGGACUUAGCUCAAGCGAGAUCCCGCAAUUCCGUCUUCCUUAUGAUGUGGUCGAUUUUGAAAUUCAAAUGGCUAAAGAUAUUGGAGUAAAGAUUGUUACCGGAAAAUCUCUUCACAAAGAUGAUCUAACAAUUAAAAAGCUAAAGGAACAAGGAGCUAAGGGAAUCUUCAUUGGAAUCGGAAUGCCUGAGCCGAAAAGAGUUGAGAUUUUUGAUGGACUUGAUGUUCAACACGGUUUCUACACUAGCAAGAACUAUUUGCCAUUAGUGGCCAAGGCAAGCAAGCCAGGAAUGUGUGGAUGCAAAUCGACUCAACUCCCCUCGAUGAAAGGACGCGUUCUUGUGCUCGGCGCUGGAGACACUGCUUUUGAUUGUGCAACGUCGGCGCUCAGAUGUGGAGCGUCAAAAGUGACGGUCGUCUUUCGAAAGGGUUUCACGAGCAUUCGAGCUGUUCCUGAAGAGAUGGAAUCAGCUCGAGAAGAGAAAUGCGAGUUUAUGCCUUUUAUGGCCCCAAGAAAGAUCAAUGUAAAAGAUGGACGAAUUGUGAGCAUGCAAUUCGUGAAAACUGAAACAGAUGAUGAAGGAAAUUGGUACGAAGACGAAGAGCAAUCUUUGACAUUAAAAGCUGACUACGUUAUCUCAGCUUUUGGAUCGACUCUUAUCGACAAGCACGUUGUGGAAGCGAUGGAGGGAAUCAACUUGAACAAAUGGGGUCUUCCCGAUGUCAACAAAACUACACAAGGAACCUCGGACCCGAGUGUUUUCGUUGGUGGAGAUGUUGGUGGAGUGGCUGAGACAACUGUUGAGUCGGUUAAUGAUGGAAAGGUGGCUGCUUGGCAUAUGCAUCGCUACUUGCAAUCAAUGCACGGAAAUCAAAUCUCUGAGCAGCCGCAACUUCCGCUCUUCUAUACUCCAAUUGAUGAGGUCGAUAUCUCUGUUGAAAUGUGUGGAAUGAAGUUCGAGAACCCGUUUGGUCUCGCCUCAGCCCCACCAACCACCACUGGGCCAAUGUGUCGUCGCGCUUUCGAGCAAGGAUGGGGAUUUGUGCUCACGAAAACAUUCGGACUUGAUAAGGAUCUUGUCACAAAUGUCUCUCCGAGAAUCGUUCGAGGAACGACAAGUGGACCGAUCUAUGGACCAAAUAUGGGCUCAUUCUUGAACAUUGAGCUAAUCUCUGAGAAAUCGGCCGCCUAUUGGCUUCAAUGUGUGCGCGAGUUGAAGAAAGAUCAUCCAACGAAAAUUGUUAUUGCUUCGAUUAUGUGCACUUUCUCUGAGGAAGAUUGGAAAUAUUUGGCUAAAGAAGCGGAGAACGCUGGUGCUGAUGCUUUAGAGUUGAACUUGUCCUGUCCACACGGAAUGGGAGAAAAGGGAAUGGGUCUCGCUUGUGGUCAAGACCCAGCAAUUGUCAAGCAAAUCUCGGAAUGGGUUCGAGAGACUGUUAAGAUCCCAUUCUUCCCAAAGAUGACCCCAAAUAUCACGGAUAUACGUGCAAUUGCCCGCGGAGCGAAAGAAGGAGGAGCUGAUGGAGUAACAGCAACGAACACUGUCUCGACUCUCAUGCAUCUAAAUGCUGAUGGAACUGCUUGGCCGAAAGUUGGUGGGGAUACAAGAACAACUUACGGUGGAAUGUCUGGCUCGGCCAUUCGACCAAUUGCUCUCAAAGCCGUUUCAGCCAUUUCAAACGAUAUGCCUGGAUUCCCUGUGCUGGCCACUGGAGGUAUUGAAUCCGCUGAAACUGGUCUCGAAUUCCUAAUGGCCGGCGCCUCGAUCCUCCAAGUGUGCUCAGCUGUUCAGAAUCAAGAUUUCACUGUUAUUCAAGAUUAUUGCACUGGAUUGAGAGCUUUACUUUAUUUGAGAGGAAUCAAAGCUCUUCGUGAAUGGGACGGUCAAAGCCCACCGAUCACAAAGCAUCAGCGUGGAAAGCCGCUUCUCCUCGAGAACACGCAUCUUCCCAACUUUGGUCGAUACAGAGAAGAGAGGGAAAAACAAGAGCAAGAAGCUCUCUCAAGAACGAAUCUGUUAGAAACAAAUGGAUUGCAUUAUGCUUCUAGACCCGAUAAUCAGCCUGAUAAAGUCUACUCAGUUCAGGAAGUGAUCGGCGUUGCUUUACCCCGUAUCGGUCCCUAUGUCACUCUAGAUAAUAAAGAGCAAAAGAUUGCUAUUAUCGAUGAUGAUAUGUGCAUCAAUUGUGGAAAAUGCUAUAUGACUUGUAACGAUUCUGGAUAUCAAGCUAUCACCUUUGAUAAGGUAACUCAUUUCCCUCAUGUACAAGAGGAUGACUGCACUGGAUGCACUCUUUGCUACAGUGUUUGCCCGAUUCCUGAAUGUAUCAAGAUGGUGCCGAGAAAUGGAUGGAAAGCGCCGAUGAGAGGGAUCAAGCCUGAGUUCGAACCCGGCACUCCAGACGUUGUCAAAGUUGAUCACAAAGGAAAAAUCGUACUCGAUCCGAACUCUCCAUAU